AUGUGGCCAAUCGCUUUCCUCAUACUUCUGCUAAGUUUCAAUACUGUUGCUGGCCGUGGUCGAAGUCCUAGUAGUCGAAGUACAAGUGAAGAGCCAAGGCGAAGCUUCGCUGAGUGCACAGCUAAGUGCUAUAAAGAUUAUCAGAAGUGGACAAACAAGCUCGAAGAAGCAAAAAAUUGUAUCGCAAGCUGCAGAUCAGGGCAUAAUUAAUACCGAAGACUAAAGAAGACUGAAGAUUGAGGACAUCGAA